AUGGCUGCCGAUGGCGCAGACAGCAGUGCCCUCGAUCAUCGGUUUUUCCCUCACCUCGUCCACCUCGUGGUCUCGUUCUCAACGUAUCCCGUUCUUAUCACGUUUCGGGCCACGUCAAGGGAAUUGAAGACCAAGGUCGACAAGAUCAUCCUUCGGCAUAUCGUGAUUGAGAACCGCCCCGCCGACUUUGCUGCUCUGCCAAGGGAAAGGUUUGAACUUCGAUCCCUCUUGGGCCCAUUGCCGUUUCCCCCGGUUAUCGAUUUCGUCCCCGGCCUCCAUCCUCUACCGCAGUGGACACGCUUGCUUGCCCAGUACACGGCCGUUAUCGACAUACAAUGUGACGACACAUUUGCUUCUCGCGAAGCGUUUCAGGAGUCGCUUCCUUGCCUGAGAACGAUUCGCAGCGACCACCUCAAUCUCUUUGUCCAUAACCUGGGUGCUCCGGACAUUAUCUGCUUUUGUCCCGUGUUCACAAAAUCGGACUACCGAAGGCUAGAAUUUGCUCCAAUUCAGUUCGCCAGCAGCACGUUUCAACGUCUCGUGCUAAAUGUUCAUGUCUACGGGCACCCAGGUCCAAACUGGUUUAGCACCAACUUUCUGCUCAUUGUCAAUCAGCCGCCCCGUUCUUCAAAGCCUCCAAUCGUUUGCACACUUGCCACCGUUUCCGAGGACGUCGAUUUUCAAGUGCGGUUAUCUUUCGGCGACGGUCUUCCUGCCAGCCUUAUCCCGCCUCAUUUCACGAUUGUAAACCUCGACGAGACCAACACCAACAUGUUCAACAAAAACCAAGCGCGCUUUGCCAGGGAGUGCAUACAGAUGUCUGUCGGCUUUGAGGAUCGGACCGCGCCAUGCGCCUUUCACUUCCUGUCGGUUGACGAGUACGGCAAGACCAUCAGCAAUGAGCAGUUUCAACUCGAGACCGUCUUUCCGGAUGAGUGGACAUGCGACCUCUGA